AUGCUCGCUACAGCAGCGUCAUUCCCUGUUCGGAAUGGAAAAGGUUAUGGAGCACGCUUCAAUCAGCGUGAGUUCUAUCGCGACCGUGUCAGUUCCGUUCACGGCUUGGCAAGCCCAAACGUCCACGCAAGUGUCCGUGCUGCAGCCACAGCAGCGCGUCAAGCUCGUCAGUUCCGUCAAAAACGUGUUCCUACACUUUACACAGUUCUAGACGUCGACAAUGAAGCUCAGAUCCGUGAGGCGAGCCCCGUACAGGAGCAAGAUGGAUACCCAAUCAAGCGCAAGAUGAAGCUGCAUUUAUCUCUCGAUAAGCUGGAGAAGCCAGCCCUACCAAUGAUGGUACUGCACGAUGAACCUAAAAUGUUUGAUGACCCUAGCGUGGACUCAGCAUUUGAGCAAUCUCUGCGUGCUGGUCGCUCUCGUCGGACCUCGAGUAUCACACUCAGUAUGAAUUCACCUGAAGCUGCGGAGUUUAACGAGGUGGCUCAUGAUGGUCCCGAAGAACUGGGUAAGCGUACUAAACGCGUCAAGAAACUUGGCAAAGGAGCAGGUGGCACUGUGUUUCUUUCGCUCUACUUACCAACGUUGAAGUUGGUCGCUGUGAAGGAAGUGGUUGUGUACCAGGAAGAAGACCGCCACAUGGUCAAGCGUGAACUCCACACACUGCAUGAAAACCUCGCAGCAAUCGACUUAAAUGUCCCAAAUACUGGCAGUACCGACACAUUGAAGAGUCAUUUUCUUGCUGGUCUGCGUCCUCGCAAUGCUAUGUGUCCGUAUCUAGUCACUUUUUACGGGGCAUUUCUGAAACCAGCAAAAUGUGCCGUCUCGGUCGUCAUGGAAUUCAUGGAUAUGGGCAGCGUACAGGACCUCAUGGACGCUAAUAUCACCGUAUCUGAAGAUAUCCUACGACAUGCUGCAUUCUGCUGCAUCACAGCGCUCGAUCAUAUGCACAGUCAAAGGUUGGUACGCUAA